CUAUCUCCAUAACACUUGCGUCUCUCAUCAUCCACAAUCUGUUUUACAUUAUACCCUACUUGCACUCAAGAUACCCUGCCAAGACUCAACCAUACCUCAACUCUACCUACACAGUACUCACGUCACACAAACAACUAAACCACAAUGGAGACCAUCAACAACCUCACUGCUACUGCCUCCAAAGCCAUCUGGGGCGAGAACCAGACCGGCAACAAGGAGCCUGUCUCUGGAGUCAAGGGUGACACUGCUCGCGGCGAGCCCUACGAUGCCGGCAACCUGGAAACCCCACAGCAAGAGAAGGUAGCCGAGAACUUCAACUACGGACAGGAGAACACAUCCGGACUUGGACGAGAAGACCCUGUCUCUUCAACAUCAGCAACUACUUCAUCUGCAGUCCCAGCUCCCGCCGCAGCCCCCAACCACUCAAAGGACACCACUGCUGAGCAAAACGAUACCCGCACCCCAGAGCAGGCCGACAAGGGUAACAAGGAUCUCCACGAUGUAGACGACACCUCUGAAGGUACCGACGCCAAGCUUGGCGAGGGACCUGGCCCCCGUCCUAUCGAGAAGCUCGCCAAGGACUUCGGCGGCGAUGCAGGCAAUGUCCCUGUCGAAGGAGCCUCCAGCAAGCCCACUGAAGUCGGCUCGGGUGCUGGCGAGUCAUCCAGCUCAGAGAACCAGCCCCACGACCCCAAAGAGGAUGAAUAUAUCACUGCCUCCGGAUUCGCUGCUGACGGUGGCGACUUCGACGCUACCAAGCCAGGCGCUGGACGCGAAGCCGAUCGACUCAUGGAGCAGAAGGGUGUUCACCUUGGUGAGAGUGGUAGCUCAGAGCCAACCUCGCAUACCGAGUCACACUCCAGCAGCAAGCACCACGGUAGCUCUACCGAGGAGAAGAAGGACAAGCCUAGCCUCGGCGAGCGUAUCAAGGCCAAGCUUCACAAGCACUAAAUGUCCGAUUGGCAGAUCGGUGCAAGGAACAUGUAGAGAUUAAUGACGGAAAAUGAUAUCCCAAACGGCUUAUACCAUGGAAUUUAUAUUUAGGCGCUAUUCGAAUGCGUUGUCUCUCCUAUUAGCUACGCUAUCUAUUCAAGUAAUUGACG